AAUGGGGCGGGCCAGGGGGGAAAGCGCGGUCUCCUCCCGACAUCGCGUUGGGGAACCAGCCAGGGAAAAGACUGAAUGGUCCGUGGGUCGGACUUCUGUCGUUGGUCGACUCCGAGUCUCAUCCGGCCGUGUCGUUGAGCGCCACCUGCUCGCUGCAGAGGAGUCAACGGAAGUGGACCUACCCAAGGGGCGUCUCCCGCCAGCUCUCGAUGCGCCCUGCCUUCGCGGGGUCGGUGGUCCUUGCCUCCCCGGGAGCGCCCCUGACUCAGGGCCGGUGACUCCUAAACAGCUCAGGCGGGGCAGGGGCUACGGGCUGUGCCAUGGGGUCCCGAGGUACCGCGCCUGCCUCCACAGGAUGUUCCUGUAUUUGGGCUGGAACCUAGUGACCGCGGUGACCCAGGGUUACACGUCUAUGCAUGUAUUUGCUUGUUUGUCUACUCAAGAGCGCAAUCUUAACAAGCAGAGCACGGUCGUAGCGGGAUUCCCGUGCUGCAGAGAGCUUACUCCAUAGGAGCAAACUGUUGAGUUGUUGAAAACACAAAUGCUGUUAUUUGUGCAUGGUGACUGAGAACAACAAUGCUAUGAAUCCUGGCUAUUUACUUGGAUCAAGUGAUUUACAUUGGCCAGGUGUUUUUGUUUAGUUUCUUUCCCCGUAUUUUGGACAUCCAGAAAAAGUAUCCAUACUCUUAGGUGUUUGGAGACAGGAUUUACAGUCAAUGCGAGUCCUUUAGGAUGGAACAUGGCAUAAAAUCAGAGUCGUCAGUUAUCAUUUAAGUGAUUGAAGCCUGGACAGCUUGGGAAAGAAUUCUGAAGGUAUGGAUGAUAAAGGUGACCCAAGCAGUGAGGAAACUCCUAAGGCUAUCAAACCCACAAGUAAGGAAUUUAGGAAAACAUGGGGGUUUCGAAGAACCACCAUUGCAAAACGAGAGGGUGCUGGGGAUGCCGAGUUAGACUCUCUGGAUCAGCAGCCCCAGCAGCAGCAGAGCCUUUCCCUGCGACGCAGUGGGAGGCAGCCAAAGAGGACUGAGAGAGUGGAAGAGUUUCUGACAACAGUCCGACGCAGAGGAAGGAAGAAUGUUCCUGUUUCUCUGGAGGAUUCCAGUGAGCCAACGUCUUGCCCAGUUACAGAUGUUGAAACAGCCUCUGAAGGGAGUGUAGAGAGCACCUCUGAAAUGAAAAGUGGACCCAGGAGUGGCUCAUUGGGUAUGAAGGAACCACUAGCCUCCUCUGCAAAGGCCACAGGAGUUGAUGAUGAGGAAGACACAUCUGAUAGUGACAGUGAUGGACUGACUUUGAAAGAACUUCAGAAUCGCCUCCGAAGAAAGCGAGAACGAGAACCUUCUGAGAGGCCCCUGAAAGGGAUCCAGAAUCGCUUGAGGAAGAAGCGACGUGAGGAGGACCCUGCAGAAAAUGUGGAUAAUGAGGGGGUCAGUGCCUUGGAGAGCUCAGUGACCAGCAAACAGGAGCCUGAGGCUGACCAGGAGGCUGUUUCCCAGGCAACAAAUGAGGACAAAGAGAGUGUAUUGGAAGGGAAAGUAGCCCAGGAAGUUGAAGAUGACGAGCCUGAAGACUUGGGCAAACACAAAUCUGAAUGUGAGGUGUAUGAUCCCAACACCUUGUAUUGCAUAUGUCGGCAGCCUCAUAACAACAGGUUUAUGAUUUGCUGUGAUCGGUGUGAAGAAUGGUUUCAUGGUGAUUGUGUUGGCAUUUCUGAGGCACGAGGGAGGCUCUUGGAAAGGAAUGGGGAAGACUACAUCUGCCCAAACUGCACCAUUCUGCAAGUGCAGGAUGAAACUAACUCAGAAGUCACGGACCAGCAGGAGAUAAAAUUUAGACCUAUUGAUGCUGAUGGCAUAGACUGUACAAGUAUAGGAACAAUAGAGCAAAAAUCUAGUGAAGACCAAGGAAUAAAAGGCAGAAUUGAGAAAGCUGCAAACCCCAGUGGCAAGAAGAAACUCAAGAUCUUCCAGCCUGUAGUAGAGGCUUCUGGUGCCUCAAAAUGUAUUGGCCCUGGGUGUUCCAGCGUGGCACAACCUGAUUCUGUGUACUGCAGCAAUGACUGCAUCCUAAAGCAUGCUGCAGCUACUAUGAAAUUCCUAAGUUCAGGUAAAGAACAAAAACCAAAAGCUAAAGAAAAGACCAAGAUGAAGCCAGAAAAGCCCAUUCUUCCUAAAUGUAGCGUCCAGGCAGGCAUUAAAAUCUCUUCUGUACACAAGAGACCAGCUGCAGACAAGAAAGAAAAUACCCUGAAGAAGGUGGUGGUGGCUCUGCCAAGAAGCGAGGUCCUUAUGAAGGAAGCCACAUGUGAAAGCAGCACACCAUCCUGGGCCAGCGACCACAAUUACAAUGCAGUAAAGCCAGAAAAGACACCUGCCCUCUGGCCAACCCUGUUGUGUAAAUCAUCCAAGGAGGACAGGCGAGUGGAAGAAAAGUCAGCUAUGGCAGCUGCAGCACCCAAGAAAAUGGCUCUUCCAGGCUCCUCAGUGGGUGGCAAACAACCUAUACCUAGAAAUCUCCUUCCAAAGAAGUCUUCAUUCACAAACGUAGCAACAGUCAAACCUACUGUGAAGAAGUCCUCAGGUUUCAAGGGCACUAUCCCCAAGAGACCAUGGCUCUCAGCUGCCCCAGUGAGCAGUGCCUCUGCUGCCAAGCAGGCAAGACUUACACCUGGCACUGCUAUGUCUGCUUCCAGAAAGUUGCCCAGUUCUGCUUCAUUGGUUGGAGCUGUUCGCAAAUCAGGGACUACCUCUGUUUCUCUGACCUCUACACCCACAGGACGACUGGGAGGCACUAGCCCUGCCCCAUCACAGCCAAAUUCACAAAUUCGGCAAAAUAUAAGACGCUCCUUGAAAGAGAUUUUGUGGAAAAGAGUCAGUGACAGUGAUGACUUAAUUAUGACUGAAAAUGAAGUGGGAAAGAUUGCACUCCACAUUGAGAAGGAGAUGUUUAACUUGUUUCAAGUUACAGACAAUCGAUAUAAAAGUAAAUAUCGCAGCAUCAUGUUCAACCUCAAGGAUCCUAAAAAUCAGGGACUUUUCCACCGUGUCCUGCGUGAAGAAAUCUCUUUGGCUAAACUUGUGAGAAUGAAGCCAGAAGAACUUGUAUCUAAAGAGCUUUCCAUGUGGAAAGAGAGACCUGCAAAAUCUGUAAUAGAGUCCAGAGCAAAGAUUCAUAAUGAAAGUAAGAAGACAUCCAUUAAACAGGAGAACAUUCCUGACAUGGAAGAUUCUCCACCUGUAUCAGAUUCAGAUGAACAAGAAUUGGUGCGGGCUGUCCCUGAGAAAAGUGCAGCACCUCUCCUCGAUAUCUUCAGCAACAUGUUGAAAGAUACAACAAGUCAGCACCGUGCACAUCUUUUUGAUCUGAACUGUAAAAUUUGUACAGGUCAGGUUCCAUCAUCAGAAGAUGAACCAGCUCUGAAAAAACAGAAGUUGUCAACUUCCAUUAAGAAAGAAGAGUCAAAAUCCAAGUUUGAAGGUGCUUCCUCAGAACCAGUACUUAACUCAGCUGAUGACAUGCUGCCAGAAACUCUGCCUGAAAAUGCUUCUGAACCAGAACUUGAAAGUGAUUCUCCUGCUCAUAUGGAGAGAAAGUACUUCCCUGUGCCUUCAGGUGACCCUGAGCCCUCCACCCUGGAAGUCUCCUCCUACCCGGCCUCCUGUGUGGCUGAGGUGGUUACUACAGUCACAAUGUCUGGCAGAGAUCCUAGGACUGCAUCAAGUGGGCUGAGCACAGUCCCUACAACAGCCCGCCUGGACAAUACACACCUGAUGGAACCCCGACAAGACAUGCCGAAACCAAGCACGAUCUCUGUGACAGUACCCAAGUCCAUACUUGCCAAGCCAUCAUCUUCGCCUGAGCCGAGAUACCUCCUCUCAGUGCCACCAUCACCAAGCAUAGGCAUCUCAGAAUCACGGUCCCCCCCAGAAGGAGACACAACCCUGUUUUUAUCUCGACUCAGCACCAUUUGGAAAGGAUUUAUUAACAUGCAGAGUGUAGCAAAGUUUGUUACUAAGGCAUACCCCGUCUCUGGAUGUUUUGAUUACCUCAGUGAGGACCUACCUGACACGAUUCAUAUUGGUGGGAGGAUCGCACCAAGGACAGUGUGGGAUUAUGUUGGCAAACUCAAAUCUUCCGUAUCUAAGGAACUGUGUCUGAUUCGAUUCCACCCUGCAACUGAGGAGGAAGAGGUGGCCUAUAUCUCUCUCUACUCCUAUUUUAGCAGUCGUGGCCGCUUUGGCGUUGUCGCUAAUAACAGCAGACACGUCAAGGACCUCUACUUGAUCCCACUGAGCGCUAAGGAUCCUAUUCCGUCCAAACUCUUGCCCUUUGAGGGCCCAGGUCUUGAAUCACCACGUCCAAACAUAAUUCUUGGUUUAGUGAUCUGUCAAAAAAUGAAACGUCCUUCAAAUGAAGAGAAGAUAGAGGAAAAACGGCCCCGCAUUCAAGCACCAGAAGAAAUGGAAACUUCUGUAUAUCCUAAGCUGCCACAGGCCCCACAAUCAGAGAAGAAGCCCCCCAAGUACCAGCCUUCUUCUGGUGACAUUGCUGGCAGCACUACACCCCCAGACUCUCCACCUCCACCACCCCCUCUCCCAGAACCACCUGUGGCACCAGCGUCAACAUCUGUGUUGAAAAUAAUGUCUUCCUUCAAGCCAGGUGGCACUAACACUGUCACACCAUCAACCACAACAGUGGCAGCCACAACUGUAUCAGCUGUUAACACCUCUGCUCCAAAAACAGCCUCACCCUUGGAGCACAUUCUGCAGACCCUUUUUGGGAAGAAGAAAGCCUUUGACCCUGCUGCCAAGGAGCCUGUGGAAUCAGCCUCCAACUCCACUUCCACCUCCACCCCCACCUCCACCCAAGACUGCAAAACCAAGGGUGAUGUGCUGCCAGCAGCACCCUUACUUGACCCAAUUGUCCAGCAGUUUGGUCAACUCUCCAAAGAGAAAGUGGUGGUGGAGGAGGAAGAGGAUGACAGGCCCUAUGACCCUGAGGAGGAAUACGGACCUGACAGGGUCUUCAGUGCUCAGCUAAUUGAGCCAGAGAAGCACCAGGACACCAACAAGUCUGCAGAGAGCACUGAACGGGAGGAAGUGGCUUAUGACCCAGAGGAUGAGACAAUUUUAGAAGAAGCCAAAGUCACCAUCGAUGACUUGCCCAACAGAAUGUGUGCUGAUGUGAAGGGUGUCUCUUCAGAGCAACCCACUGAAUAUUCUGCUGGCCUUGCUAAUCCCUCUCUAGUUGAGCAACAGAAAAUGAUAGAGGAGCUCAACAAGCAGAUUGAGGAACAGAAGAGGCAAGUUGAAGAGCAAGAAGAAGCUCUGAGGCAGCAAAGAGCUGCUGUUGGGGUUUCUAUGGCCCACUUCUCCGUGUCAGAUGCUCUGAUGUCGCCACCUCCCAAGUCAGUGCUGCCCAAAGCCGAGCUGUUUCCACAGGAGCAGCAGGCUGCAGGCAAAUCAGCCAUACCCCCAGCUUCUGGGCAGGCAGCAGCCCCAGGCUGCGACUCCAGGCCAAGUAGGGACCCCCGGCAAGCCCGGCGAUUGGCUGUUGAGAUUAACGAGGGGGAGGUCAACUUAAAGCCAGCAGCCCUGAGAGAAGCAGCUGAGGGAGUUGCUGCUCCAGAGCUAUCAUCCCAGAAAGAGGAGACAGGCCCUCAGCCAUGGAUUCCAGGGGAAGAAGCUCUGUUGCCCACCCCACAGGGCGGGCACACAGAGAGCCCUGCUCAGCCACCUGGAGAUGGGGCUUUUCCCCUGGCCACCGGUGGAGACUGUGUAGCCAGGCCUGCCCGCAAGGUACUGCUGCCCACACCCCCCUGCCCCGCUUUCCAACCCCACUUUCCUUUGCAGGGAGAUGGGCAGAAUUUCCAUCCUCCCCCAGGAAGGGAACCCUUCUCAGGCCCAGUGUUUACAUCUCAGGAAAUGGCUCUUGGCUCAGCUCCAUAUGAGGAUCCAAGAAAUGUUCAGUUUGCAGAAAAAGGUGACAAUUUAGUCACUGAAAUGGAAGGCAACAGAGAUCCACAGUCCAGACCAGGGGAGGGGCCCACUAUGUUCCCCACACCUGGACACAAAACGGGGCCUCCACCUCAAUUUCAGGGCAUGCGGGAACCUGUACCACGCACUUUUGGGAUGUCAGGGCUUCAUGGCCCCAGUUUCCCAGGACCCAGGGGGCCAGCCCCGCCAUUUCCAGAAGAGAAUGCUAUUCUUAGCAAUGAUGGGCCAAGAGGGCCUCCACCAGCCAGAUUUGGAGCCCAAAAGGGACCCAUUCCCUCCUUGUUCUCAGGACAACAGGGGCCACCUCCUUAUGGGGAUAAUAGGGGUCCCUCACCGUCUUACCUGGGUGGACCCAGAGGAGCCACACCACCCCAGUUCGAAGAACGUAAGGAUUCUCAUGGGGAGAAGCGAGAAUUCCAGGACGCCCCAUAUAAUGAGAUGACAGGACCACCUGCCCAAUUUGAAGGACCAGAUCAGGCCCCAUUUAUGGGGAACAGGGGUACAACACCUUUUCAGUACGGAGGCCAGAGAAGGCCCCUGCUGUCCCAGUUCAAAGGGCCCAGGGGAGGCCCUCCUCCCUCUCAGUUUGGAGGUCAGAGGGGCCCGCCUCCUGGCCAUUAUGUGGGCCCUCGUGGGCCACAUCCGGGUCAGUUUGAAACUGCCCGGGGUCCCCAUCCCAAUCAGUUUGAAGGACCCAGAGGUCAGGCACCAAAUUUCAUGCCUGGACCCCGAGGAAUGCAGCCUCAGCAGUUUGAGGAGCAAAGGGUCAACUCCCCACCACGGUUUGCCAAUCAGAGGGCGCCAGCACCUCUUCAGUUUGGUGGACCCAGGGGGUCUGCACCUUUUCCUGACAAAAAUGAACAGGGACCUCCAAGGUUCCACUUCCAGGGCCAGGCAUCUACAGGGAAGCCGGGACCCAGGCCCCUGCUGGAUCUCCCCAGUCACCCCCCACAGCACCGGAAGGACAGGUGGGAUGAGGGGGGCCCACCCUCUCUGCCUGCAGGCGGCCCUGGCCCGAGCCCUGAAAUGGAUACACAGUGGGCUUCAUCAGAUUUCCAUGAGGGUAAAGGUCAUGACUAUAGAAACCAAACAUUUGAGGGACGCCCAAGAGAGCGAUUUGAGGCGGGCCCCAAAGAAAAGGCAGCCGAAGACCCUGAGGUGCCACCACCUGACACCCGGCAGGGUCGAGCCUUUGAGGACCGCGGCAGGCGCGAGAGGGAGCAUGGCAAACCUUGGGACCGGGACCGGGAGCGCGGCCGGAACUGGAGCAGAGAGAGGGACUGGGACAGGGGCCGGGAGUGGGACCGCUACCGGGAGAAGGACCGGGAAUGGGACAAGGGCCGAGAGCGGAGCACUGGCAGGGAUAAGGAGAGAGACUGGGAGCGCAGCCGGAACCGAGACAGAGACAGGGAUCGGGACCGAAGGCGGGACCGAGACAGGUCCCGCAGCAGAGACAGAGAUCGGGACAAAGCCCGGGAUCGAGAUCGGGGCCGAGACCGCAAGGACCGCAGCAAAAGCAAGGAGAAUACCCGGGAGCCCAAGGUGGACACCCCUCGGGCCGAUGGCCAGAGCUAGCUUUCCCACAGCCCUUUUAAAAAGCCAGGUUCAUAAAAUGUUGAACAAAUUGUUUUUGAAGUUAUGAACUGAACUGUUGAAUAGAAUAUGCCGGACUUAAGAAAUUACUGUAAUUUUGUGUAUGAUGGUUUCUUACAAAUUUCCUAUCUUUAUGAUUCUAAUACUUUUUACAAAAAAAAAAAACACCUAGAAACUCUUAAUAUUUCCAUUUAAAAAUUACUAAAAUGGGAAGUAUCUACAAAAGCAUAUUGCUUUUUCAGAUUAUAAAGUUAUCUUUUUCAGUAACAUGUAAAUUUUAAGGGAAUUUCAGUGAUCCCAGAGCCACACCUCCACUAAUUUCUCUAGACUUACAUGUUCCCCAGAACUGUUUCUCCAGAUUGGACCAGUUCCCAAGAGCAUCUGGCAGGAGAUCAAGAUUAAACUCACAGCUCAGUAUCUAUGAAUGCAUUUUUCCUUUGUUGUAAAUCUGAAUAGCAAAUUUCAGCCAGUAAAUACAUUUCUUAGUUUUGCUCAUAAAGCCCUAUACAUUCUUUUCAGAAACAUGAUUUAAAAGUAACAUCUGUCCAAAUAGAAAGUUUGAUUUUACACAAAUUUAUUGGAAAAUGUUUAAAUUUUAUUAGCCUAAAGAAAUUGAGAAUCAAUUUCAUGUAAGUGUACUUUAAAACGAGUGAGUUUCUUUGAUUUGAAUAUUCAAGAAUGCUGUAUUUUACCAUCUGAGCAGUUCUUCCUUUCCUGAAGGCACCAGCUCCAAGCCUCUUCCCUUUUCCAGUGAUAAGUUGCUAUGUUUGCCAUGGAAAAUAGAACAAUAUUUGUAUAAAGUCCCAGGUGGAAAAUAGUGAUAUUUGUUCGAGAACUACAAAGUAGAAAGCGCUUCACUGUGAGAUACAGUACACUGCUUGUCAUGUAGUUUCCAAGCACUUCUGAAGUGUGAAAGAUAGAAAACCUUGCUAAUUUAUUUGACUGUACAAAUAUACUUUGAUAAUUUUUAUAUAUUUUCAUAAACUUUUGCAGAUGAAAAUUAGAGGAUUUCAUGUGUUCUUUGGGUCAAUUACUCCAUUGUAUAUCACUACAGAUUCUUUCUAUCACAGAUGUUUGAGUUGUAAAACAUCGAGAACUUAGCAAUUUGGAAUGAUUGCUAUUAUAACCGUGUUGUCAAUAGGUUAAAUUACAUUAAAGUAGUGUCAAGUUCCAACAUCUAAUAUGAUGUGAAGAUUUUUUACAUGUAAAGCAAAUUUUUCUAAUUUAAAUACACAGAUGUAAAAAUCAAGUGUGUUUCUUUAGGUUUACUUGAUAGAAAUUUCUGUAAAUUGUAUUUUAUAUUGCAAAAUAUUAUAUCACUGUACAUUAAAAGAUGAAACUUCAUAGGUUUUGUUACUUGAAGUAGAAUAAACAUCUAAGAAGG